AUGGAGUCAAGAUCAAUUAUUCCUGCGAAAGAAGCAAAAUACAAUUAAUAGCUCAAGCAUGAACCACCUGAUGUUUAUCUUGAAGAUCACAUUAUGGACAUCUAAUUUUCACCUGUAGCCAAUGUUUUAGCUGCCUCUUAGGUAACAGGUAAUGUGAGAAUCUUCACAUAUAACGAGAAAAAGACCAAGGAACAUGUCAAUCUCUCUUAUCAUUCUGAGUCCUGUAGAUAGGUUAAGUUUUCUCCUGAUGGCAAUAUACUUUACACAGGUUCAAGCGAUGGGUCAAUAGGUGUGGUGUCAAAUGGUGUUCUUGAAGGUCAGUUGUUGAAUGCUCAUUCAUCCCCUAUUAAUUCUAUUGCCCAUAUCGAAAAUGGAUAUAUCGUUGCUACAGGAGAUGAUGAUGGUCUCAUUAAGAUCUGGGACCUGCGUGUAGCCGGACAAAACAAUCUCAAGUAAGCUUGUGUAAUGAAAUUCUAAGAACACGAAGGCACCAUUAGCGAUAUGAAAUUUGCUCAAAAUCAUAACAUGCUAGUAUCAGCUUCAGGAGACGGACAUUUAGGAGUGUUUGAUCUCAAGAAAGGUGAACUCUAUGCUAUGUCUGAUAAUUUUGAGGAAGACCUUACAGCUCUUGUCAUCUGCAAGUAUGGAAAGAAAGUAUUGGCAUCUUCAUCCGAAGGAGUAGUUAAUAUAUUCUCAUGGGACUGGUUCGGUGAUUGCAAUGAUAGGAUUGUAGGGCAUCCUAAUUCUAUUGAUACCAUGAUCACGUAUGAUGAAGACACUAUAAUCACUGGAAGUGAAGAUGGUCUAAUCAGAGCUGUAAGUGUGCUACCCAACAAAAUUAUUGCAAUCUUAAGUGAUCCAACUGAUCAAGAUGAAGAUGUGUUUCAUAUAUAGAGAGUCGCACUCUCACAUGAUAAAAUGUUCCUUGCCUCAUGCUCUUUAGAUGAUAUAAUCAAGAUUAUUGAUGUGUCUCAUUUGAAUAAUAGACUGAAAGAAGAAUUUGACUUUGAGGGGUAUGAAAAAGACAUUUAGGAAAACCCAAGAGUUAAGAGAAAGAAGAGGUCAAAGAAAAAUAAGGCUGCAGGCGAUGAAGACAUGCAAGAUGAUGAGGAGAAAAAAGAUGGCGAUGAAAGUUCAGAUAGCGAGAAUUGGGAAGAUGAUUCCAGUGACGAUGAUAGUGAUGACAGUGAUGAUAGUGACAUGAGUAUGGAAUAAGAUAAACACGAGAAGAAGGAUAAAAAGCUUAACCCUAAGAACAACUCAAUCAAGAAGAGUCAAAACAUGAUCGACCAGGAAAAGAGGAAAUAAUUCUUUAGUGAUCUGUGA